GAAAAGGCGUCUUGAGAGCGACGUUGCAGUUCCUGACGAGGAAAAUAAAUCCACGUCUCAUCAUCUCCAGGGCCCUGAUGUUUCUUCUAGAGCGGAAAAAUUUUUUCCGGUGCAAGAACUACUCACAGACGAUGAAAUAAACAGUAGCGGUAACAAGAACCUCCUGCUCCCGUGGCACCGGGACAACGUCGUGGAGGCGUUGGCCGCCUUUCGCGUCACUUUGGCGCAAGCGUUUUCGUUCGCCGGGCCGGAAGAUGAGGGACGACAGUUCCAAAAUUGGACGGAUUUGAGCACCAGUGUCGGGGCGGAAAAUCAUAAGCAUCAGACUUUUCCACCACAUGAUCAGGAGAAUUCUGAACAACAUCACGACCUGAAGCAUGACGAUCUGAAAGGCCACAUAGACGAGCUGCAGUGGCUCGCCAAGGUGCAGCAGGGCGUGUGGCCGGAAUUUGCCGAGAGUCUGGGGGUGCGGGAGAG